AUGGCGAAGGGUCUGCAGGGCUUCUCGUGGACCAUGCUGCUGCUGUUCUGCGCCAUCCAGGAGCUGGGGGCCUGGGCCGUGCACACUGCAGUGCAGGGCCCUGGCCUAGCGCAGCCAGGGGACCCUGCACUGCUGGCCGGCGGGAGAGUGAAACGUGGCUGGGUCUGGAAUCAAUUCUUUGUGGUGGAGGAGUACACGGGCACGGAGCCACUGUAUGUGGGGAAGUACACUAUCUCCGGGGAAGGCGCAGGGACUAUCUUCCUCAUCGAUGAGAUCACAGGUGACAUCCACGCCACCGAGCGCCUGGACCGGGAGCAGAAAACCUUCUACACACUGCGGGCUCAGGCCCGUGACCGGCAGACGGACCAGCUGCUGGAGCCAGAGUCAGAGUUCAUCAUCAAGGUGCAGGACAUCAACGACAGCGAGCCACGCUUCCUGGAGGGGCCCUACAUUGGCAGCGUGGCUGAGCUGUCCCCCAUCGGCACCUCUGUGAUGCAGGUAAUGGCAUCUGAUGCUGAUGACCCCACAUAUGGGAGCAGUGCCCGGGUAGUCUACAGUGUGCUGGAGGGCGAGCAGCACUUCACCGUGGACAGUAAAACAGGUGUGAUCCGGACAGCUGUGGCUGACCUGGACCGUGAGACGCAGGACCGGUAUGAGGUGGUGAUCCGCGCAACGGACAUGGCAGGACAGCUGGGUGGCCUAUCUGGAUCCACCACGGUCACCAUCGUAGUCACCGAUGUCAAUGACAACCCACCACGCUUCCCUCAGAAGAUGUAUCAGUUCAGCAUUGUUGAAACUGCCCCUGUGGGCACUGCCAUCGGGAGGGUGAAGGCAGAGGACUCUGAUGUCGGGGAGAACACGGACAUGACUUACCAGGUGAAGGAUGAGGAAGGAGUGGAGAUGUUCAAAGUCACCACGGACAGCAAUACCCAAGAGGCUGUCAUCACGGUACAGAAGCCUCUCGACUAUGAGUCAAAAAAAGUGCACACUGUCGUUGUGGAGGCCCUCAACAAGUUCGUGGACCCGCGGUUCGUGGACCUGGGCACGUUCCGUGACCAGACCAUCGUGCGAGUCUCAGUGCUGGACGUUGAUGAGCCCCCUGAGUUUCGUCCACCCUCUAACCUGAUGGAGGUUCAGGAGGAUGCACAUGUUGGCUCUGUUGUGGGAGUGGUCACUGCCCUUGACCCGGACACAGCGAACCAUCCUGUCCGGUACGCCAUCGACCGCAGCACAGACACAGAGAGGAUCUUUGACAUCGAUGCCAACACAGGUGCCAUUGUGACAGGAAAGGUGCUGGACCGGGAGACGGCAGGGUGGCACAACAUCACUGUCCUGGCAAUGGAAGCAGAUAAUCACUCACAGGUGUCGAGAGCCUCUCUCCGUAUCCGUAUCCUGGAUGUGAACGACAAUCCGCCUGAGCUCGCCACCCCCUAUGAAGCUGCUGUGUGUGAGGAUGCCAAGCCAGGCCAGCUGAUCCAGACGAUAAGUGUUGUGGACCGUGACGAGCCUCAGAGCGGCCAUCGUUUCUACUUCACGCUGGCACCUGAAGCCACCAACAACCACCAUUUCUCUCUGCUGGAUAUUAAGGACAACACAGCUGCGGUGCACACACAGAGAAUGGGCUUCAAUCGCCAGGAGCAGGAUGUGUACUUGCUCCCCAUUUUGGUGGUGGACAGCGGCCCCCCGGCCCUCAGCAGCACGGGGACUCUGACCAUCCGCAUCUGCGGCUGUGACAGCAACGGGGCCAUCCAGUCCUGCAACAGCACAGCCUAUGUCGUGUCAGCUACGCUGAGCCCCGGCGCCCUCAUCGCACUGCUGGUGUGCGUCCUCAUUCUGGUUGUGCUGGUCCUCCUGAUCCUCACACUGAAGCGACACCACAAAAGCCACCUGACAUCCGACGAUGAUGAGGACAUGAGGGACAAUGUCAUCAAAUACAACGACGAAGGGGGUGGCGAGCAGGACACAGAGGCCUAUGACAUGUCAGCCCUGCGCAGUCUCUAUGACUUCAGUGAGAUCAAAGGCGGCGAUGGAGGUGGGGGGCUAGGAGAGGGGGGCCCGAGUGGAAAUCCAGCCUCCGAGCUCCAUGCCCUCCCGCAGUGGGUGCAGAGCCCAGACCUGGACUUCUCCGUGUUCAGAGACUAUAUCUGCAGGAAGGUGGAGCAGGCAGAUGAGGACCUCUCUGUGCCGCCCUACGACUCGUUCCAGACCUACGCUUUUGAGGGCUCGGACUCUCCUGUGCCCUCCCUGAGCUCCAUCAACACCUGGUCCAGCGGCUCGGAGCAGGACUUCUCCUACCUGGGCGGCUGGGGGCCACGUUUCCGGCAGCUGGCAGCGCUGUAUGCUGGGCGCAGGGGUGAGGAGGACAGCGAGGAGUCCUAG